AGCUGCUAGACACGUCCGGCGUGAUUUCCUCUGAUGGGGAUCAGUACAAGGAGUUGCGAAGCCUCUACAUGAAGGAACUGCACGAAAGCUGGGACCUGGCACAGAAGAAAGUAACGAACUCUGCAUCUUCUUCGUCGGCCAACUAUGAGAACGCGGUGUCUACUUUCCGUGGCCUGUACGAGCCUGGAAGCCGUGGAGCUGUCCUGAACUACCUCAAAGACAAGCUGAGCGAGUGCCAGGACUGCGUGGACAUCUACUGCGCCAAGGUUCAAGUGCUACUGCGUUGUGGACCUCAUCGACACACCAGCCGAACCGAAGUUUUGGCGCGCUUCUUGGGAAAGGCGCAUGCGCUGCUCAGCGCGGGGAAGAUGUCGCAGGUCGACCCACGGAUCCAUCGAC